AUGAGUUCUGCUAUGCUAUCCUUUAGUGAGAAGCUGGUUCAGAGUGGGCUGCUUAGGUUAAACUCUGCUCUGACAGCAGAGUUACGUGACACCAUGACGGUAUUCCUUAAUGUAGCUUCCGAAGCAAACCUCGACGACGAGAAAAGUGUCUCAGUCGACUAUAAUAAGACAAUUGACUCUCCACCAGCCUCAUAUCAACCCACAAUCGAGCACCCAUCACCUAACAUCCCUCUCCACCUGCCCGUGGAUGUUACUGGAUUAUACACACCUACCAGUGCUAACCUGCCAUACACCGUCAACGAUCCACCGGGAACUUCGAUCAUAGGGAUAUCCGAGUUCAUGGAAAGGCUCCUUCUAGCAGCUUCUCACCAGGGGUACCUCGCUCUAUGCAAUCCCUCUAUCAGUUUGAAUCAACUCCAAAGGCCCUUUGGAUUCAUCUUUAGUAUGAUGAACCGCGAACGCCUAACAUCUUUUUUCAAAGCGGAGUUACAUGCUCAACUAAGCCAAAAACCGCUGGACGGAUGGGAGGGAAUUCCCUUUUUCAGGUUGGGGGGUGCGGGAACCCAUUAUCCCGACCAGAGAAGCUCCGGUUCUUUUGUCCCUCGUCACCAUCGAUGGGACACCGUGGAGGACCCUUUAUCACUUGUCACGGCCAAUUUACGAACGCAACUAGAAGGAGAUUGGUUUGACUUACAGGACCUGGAGGGUUACAUUCGAGAGAAGAAUGUGCUCCUACUUACCUCAGCUGGUAAGCCAACAAAAUGCUCAAAUGUGCAGACCAAUAUCAAUGUCACAAGUUUUAUAACGAGAUUGGUCAGAAGAGGAGUAUGCUUGGGUCGGACACCUGGGUUUCAACGCGAUGAUGUGGAGGAGGCCCUGCGUUCUUCCAUAAUUGUGUGA